UUUACUGGAGUCGCCCCAAUAUGGCUGACUUGUCUCACGUUACGUCAGGCGGGGGCGUGGCCAAGGAGGAGGACGAGGGUGUUGAGGGUGUUCCUAUUGGCUGCAGCAGUCGUGCACAGGCUUCGCGUUCUGGAAUUCGCACGAUUUCCUAUUGCAUACCAAGUUGGCAGCGCUCUCCUCACAAGAGUAACACCACCAUGUAAAUCGCUGGGACUCACUAAGCAACGAGAACCUCUCGCUUAUCGAAAUCUCGACAAUCUUCAUUGACAUAAGCAGGACUGAACGUUGCGUCGUCGUAACACUCAGCGUCUUUUCUGAAAAGUUUUCACAAAAGUGGACACCUCCUCCUAAUUCGCAGACAAGCUUCUGCUCUUGGCAGUCUUGUAAGUAUGCUACAUUUUUCUUCAAGUUAAGAAAAUGAGAACGACCGUUCUAGAAAAAGUGAAACGGUACCCUUGGCUCACCAACGUGACUCUGUACGGCUGUCUGUUCGCUGGCGGAGACUGCGUACAUCAGUGGUUUUCCCGGAAGAAGAACAUUGACUGGACUCACACGCGCAAGGUCGCGCUCGUGGCUUUCAGUUUCCAUGGCAACUUCAAUUACUUCUGGAUGCGCGCGCUGGAGCGCCGCUUUCCCGGAAGAUCCGUGGGAAUGGUGCUGCGAAAAGUGCUGCUGGACCAGACCGUGGCGGCCCCGGUGGCCACCAGCGUGUUUUAUACAGGACUGAGUUUCUUGGAUGGCAAGAAUGAUAUCUUACAAGAUUGGAGAGACAAAUUCCUCAACACAUACAGGACUGGGCUAAUGUACUGGCCAUUUGUGCAGUUCCUGAACUUCGUGCUGGUACCUCUGUACUUGCGCACAACAUUCACUGGUUGCUGUGCUUUCCUGUGGGCCACUUUCCUUUGCUUCUCACAGCAGAAUGGGGAUGGUACAGCAUCUUCAGCCGUGGCCUGGAUCCUGGGCCCUCAGAAGGACCAGUCACCUGAAGAGAGCCAGGUUAAAUAAUGCUAACUAAGCACAAGGUGCCCUGAGGGAGCAAUACAAAGGAAAAGUAUAGAAAAACCAGAGAUUCCUUCUUAUAACGUAUGUAUGAAAGGUGUGUUACAGUAAGCACUCGGUUUUGUAUCCUCUUAUGUGAACCACAUUAGUUGUUUCUUAGUUGCUAGUUCAUAAUAGUUCUGUUGCUUGAAAUUGACCCAAGAUAAGGCUUUGAAUCUGAAAAAAUACAUGUAGUCCUCAACUUCUGAUGACCUGGGCUUAACAUUGGCUAUCUCAUCCAACUUAUUUUUGUUGCGUCUCAACCUUUGGUCGUAACGUGUAACGACGACCGUUCCAUCUGCUGUCCGCGCUGCUUCAAGGCAACCAAUAUCUGCUAUUGACUCUGUAUGCCUAUCAGCAAUCACUUUUUGGUUACAAAACUCUGUUUUACUGACAGAACCUUUUUGGUGAUUCUUUUAGUUUUUUUUUUUUUUUUUUCUACAGUGGUUAGCAAGUGAAAACCUGCGCAUUCUGGUGGUGCAGGUAUGAAAAAAAUGAAAGAAAACAGAUUUAGAAAUUAAAGUAGAAAUAGUGCAGCAUGAAAAAAUGAAUACUGUGCUUUAUAUUAUUCAUUCUGCAUUAGCAUAACAUGAAUCACGCACAUGAUAUCUACAACCUCUUAUCCCAAGCAGCGUUGUGGCGAACAGGAGCCUAACCCAGCAACACAGGGCGCAAGGCUGUCACCUUGGUGAAUAAGG